AAUCUAAUUGGUGAAAAAGGGGCUUUUCAAUCUCGCUAAGCUGCUUCUUCUCCUCAGGUGACUCUUCAUGGUUGUUAUUGAUAUGCUGUUGUGUGAAAUUUCAUUUCACAUAUGGCUAAAUUAUUGUUGCAAUUUUAAGGUUCUGUUGGCUUCAUGUAAUUAUAUCCUUUUGUGCCUUCUCCACGUGAUGUUGAGCAUUGAGAUAAGAACACAAAAAUGCAUAUAGUUUUGCCAUCCUCUGCUUCUAGAUCUCUCUUCGGUAGUGUAAAUAAAAAAUAAUGUAAAUCAAUUGAGGCAACAACAUCCUUAAUUUUUUAUUUUGUUUAAACAAAGUUUUUCCCUCGCUUUUCUUCUUCACUCAUUUUAUCGGAAGUUGUACGGUUUUCUAUUGCUGGCGUUGUUGUUAAAUUUUGAUAGCGGAAGUUGUACGGUUGGCUGUUGCUGCUGGCGCUAUUAAAUUUCAAUGGGAAAGAGUUUUGGUGCAGUUGCUUUUUGUUUGUGCUAUUGUGCAGUGUUUAACUUAACAGAUGUCGACAGAAAAAAAAUUUGCCAUUUCAAUUUGCCCUUCUAAAAAAAAAAGUACUAUUUGGUUGAACGAGCUUCUAAAAUCAAACUAAGGCAGCGUAAGCGAUGUUUACAAUUGUCGCUGGAAGAAAAAGAGUUGCUUCUGUCACAACGACAGUCCAAAAAUCUUGAAUCAGUAAGCCCAUGUCUUUUCUCUACACCCACCAACGAAGCAUUUCAUCCUCAAGUAGAUAUUGGAAGACGUAAAGAGACAACUUUAACAAUUCGAGAGCCUUCUCCUGUUACGGAAAAAGGUUAGAUACCUUUAAGUAUUAUGUUGUUUAUGAUUUUGUUUGCAUUUUCAUUGUUAAUAUUGAGUGUGCUUUUUCUCCUACAACAGCUAAUAUAUGUCACACUGACAGUCUAACAACAUGCUCUGGCAAAGGAAAGAAUAUAACCGACUACUUCUCUAUAUUCGAAAUUGGUUCGUUUCCUUUUAAAAUAUUAUUUCCCAAAAAUAUAUUUCAUAUUAAUUAAACUAAUUAUUCAUUAGGUUCAACAUCAACUUUCCUCACCAAACGACUUGAUGUUCGCUUACCCAGAAAACAACUCCAACAAUGUAGGAGAAGUUUUCUAUUGCCAAAAAGGGUUAGACAUUUAAAAAACUGUAACCUAAGUAUUAUAUUGUUUUUAAUUUUACUUGCAUAUAUAUUUUCUAUUUUAAAUAUAAUUUUCCUUCUACAACAGCUGAUAUAUCCUGUGCGAAAAAUCUAACGACGACACCGAGCUAUAAUAAAGGAAAGAAUGUAACUGGAAACUUCACCGUAUUUGAACUUGGUUUGUACUCACUGAAAUAUUUUUUCAAUUUAAUUUUAGUUUGGUAACAAUACAUUGCAUAUUAUCUGAACUGCUUACUCAUUAGGUUCAACAUCAUCUGCAUCCACUAGAUGACAUGAUCUAGCAACAUUCGUUGUCAUUAAAAAGGGUAUCUCUUCCUUUAAUAUUUUGCCUGCAUCUGCAAUCAUUAUGUACAUAAUCGUGUGAUUCAUUAUUGCAAUUGAUACAUACAGGUUGUAGAUAAAAAACAGUAGGUUGUUGGAAUUUUAAAGAACUACCGAAUAAUUCAAGCAUUUUAAAAGUUGUACCAAACUGUAAAUACUGUCGAGCAAAAAGAUUUGAAUAUGAGCCACCAGGAUUUUGUUGUAGCCCUGGUUCAGUUAAACUUACAUCGCAUGAAAUGCCUAAUGAAUUGUUAAGUCUUUACUUAGGUAAUACUAAAGAAUCUGAACAUUUUCGUACUUAUAUUAGACUCUAUAAUAACAUGUUUGCUUUCACAUCACUUGAAGUGAAAUAUGACAAAGUAUUAGCCAAAAAAAAUCAUGGUAUUUAUACAUUCAAAGUACAAGGACAAAUGUAUCACUUUAUUAAUGAUCUGAUUCCAUCACAUGAAUGCCAAGAAAUCUACAACUACAUUUUUAUGAUGAUAACACAGAGAUAUUUAAUCAAAUGGCUUUAUCGAGUAUACUUAAACAAACAAUUGUUGAAAAGUUAAUGAACAUUCUUAAAAAAAAAUUCUUAUUAUAUUUUUCUUAAAUCUCUGUUACAUAUUCCUGAAUUGUCAAAUUUUUAUAUUGCAUUGAGGUGUGGAUCUGGUUUAGAUCAGUGGGUAUGUAACCUCCCAAGUGCAUCUGAAGUAGCGGCGUUAUGGCUAGAUGAAGAAACAAAUAAUAAAAAUUUUGCACCCCAUAUUCGAAUUUAUACUCAUAGUAACAAGAGCCAAGUAGUUAAUUACUAUUAUGUUUGCUAUGAUCCUUUGCAAUAUCCUAUUUUAUUUUCAUACGGUCAAAAUGGAUGGCAUUAUGGUAUUCAAAAAGUUAUACUAUCCAAAAAUAAACUACCAAAAAGAAAGAAAGCUUACUAUGAAGGUGAACAACUUCCAAGCUUAUCUAAUAUAUGUUCAAUUGAUGGACUACUUGAUAUGGAAACUGAUAUUCUACAAAAAGGAAAAAAACAAAAUACUAUUUUUUGUCGUGAAUAUUAUUGUUAUAAACUUCAGAUACGAGAAAAUAAUGAAAAUGAAAUUUUGCAUGCGGGUAGAUUAUUUCAACAAUACUUAGUUGAUCAAUUCAUAAAAGUCGAAACUCAAAGGUUAGAUUUCGCAUCCCUUAAUCAAGAUUUAUUUCGAAUUGACAUGUUAAAAGGACUUCUCGAUAUUCUAAGACUUGGUGAAAGAGAAGCUUCUAAGUAGGGGAAAAAAGAUAUCUUCCCACAAGUUUUAUAGGUGGUCCGAGAUAUAUGUGUUGUCGUUAUAUAGAUGCUAUCACAUUAGUUUAAUAUUUUGAAAAACCUGAUAUAUUCCUUACUAUGACAUGUAAUCCCUCUUGGCCAGAAAUAAAAGAACAUUUGUUGUCAAUGGAUGAAUCUCAAAAUAGGUCAGAUUUAAUUUGUCGCGUGUUCAAAGCAAAAGUAGAAGAAAUAAAGACCGAUAUAGUAAAACGAAAUAUGUUUGGAAAAGUUGCAACUUUUAUGCGCACUGUAGAAUUUAAAAAACGAGGUCUUCCCCAUACUCACUUUCUUAUUAUACUUGCUGAUGAUUAUACAUUAUUAACACCUGAAGCAUAUGACAAAUUUAUUUCUGCUGAACUACCUGAUCCUAAUGUAAGUUCUUACUUAUAUAAGCUUGUUAUCAAACAUAUGAUGCAUGGCUCUUGUGGUCAUUUAAAUCCUACAAAUUCAUGUAUGAAGAAAAAGGGAACGUGCAAAUUUAAUUACCUAAUUGCUAAUGAAACAACAAAAAAAAAACAACUCAUAUCCAAUUUAUAGACGACGAAAUACAGGUAAACUUAUGAAAAUCAGGAAACAAUUUCUGAAUAAUUCAUGGAUAGUUCCUUACAAUCCUUAUCUACUAUGCAAAUAUGUCAUAUAAAUGUCGAAGUUUGCUAUGAUAUUAAAGUUGUCAAAUACAUAUACAAAUACAUCUGUAAAGGACAUGAUAAAAUUUCAUUUCAUGUGCAUGAAAAUAAUACAAAUACUGAAGUAGAUGAGAUAAAAGCACCAGAAACUAUGUGGCGUUUAUUCGCCUUUGUUAUUAGCGAAAUGACUCCAAGUGUUUACCACCUCUAACUACAUCUUGAUAAACAACAGUUUGUCUCUUUUAAAAAAAUCUACGACAUUAAUAGCAUAGCAAAAAAUCCUAUGAUUAAUAAAACAAUGUUAACUGAAUUUUUCUUAAUGAAUGCAACAAAUAAAGACGCUAAAGAACUUAAUUUAUUGUACCAAGAUUUUUCGCAAUACUUUGUGUGGUCAUCUAGCUAUAAAAUAUGGACCAAACGAAUACGUGGUAAAAUUAUUGGCCGUGUUGUAACGUCUCAUCCAACAGGGGGAGAAAGAUAUUAUCUUAGAUUAUUACUGAUGAAUGUAAAAGCACUAAAAUCAUAUGACGACCUUCUCAGAGUAAUGGUGUACGUUGUGAGACAUUUAGAGGAUCUGCAGAAAAAAAGAGGUUUGUUACAAUCUGAUAACGACUUGAUUGAAUGUAUGUCGGAGGCUGCUUGUUAUCAAAUGGCUUAUAGUUUGCGACGUUUAUUUGCUAUGAUAUUGGUAUAUUGUAACCCUGAUAAUCCAAAAAAAUUAUGGGAGCAAUUCAAAGAUUCAAUGUCUGAAGACUUUAAACACUUACAAAAUUUUACAAAAAAAAAUAUCCACUUUGUCGUCGUAAAACAUAUCAAUGAUAUAUUACAUUCUAUGGGAUGUGAUAUUAAUGAGUUCAACCUUGUUCCAAAAAUUAUUUCAUCUUCAAAAGUAACAAAUGAAGCAAAAGAAGUGUAUUUUGAAAGAAACAUCAAUGUGAGUGAUGAAGAAUUAUUAUUACACCAAAAAUUAAAUAAAGAACAAAAUAAAGCAUAUGAUAUAAUCCUUCAAAGAGUGUUCGCUAACAAAUCAAGAGCUUUUUUAAUUGACGGCUCCGGUGAAAUUGGUAAGACAUUUUUAUAUUGUGCCUUAUUAGCAACUGUGAGAUCUAAAGGAUUUAUAGCAUUAGCAACAACAACUUCUGAAGUUGUUGCUUCGAUCCUUCCAGGAGAACGAAUAACUCAUUCACACUUUAAGAUUCCAAUUAAUAUUGAUGAAAAGUUCUCUUGUAAUAUCGGCAAACAAAGUUCACUGGCAUCUUUGAUUCAUGAUGAAAAAUUGAUUGUGUGGGAUGAAGUAUCGAUAAAAAAAAAAUAUGAUUGAUGCAUCUAAUUCUCUUUUGAAAUAUAUAAUGGAUUCAAAUAUGUUAUCUGGUGAAAAAGUUGUCGUGUUUGGAGGAGAUUUUAGACAAACUCUUCUUGUCGUUCGAGGUGGCCGAAAAGAAGACUUUAUUCGAGAAAGUAUAUUGUAUUCAGAAAUAUGGAACUACCUUGAGAAACUUCGAUUAUUAGAAAAUAUGCGCUCUAAAACUGAUGCCUCUUUUUGUGAGUACCUAAUGCGGAUAGGAAAUGGAUAAGAAAAUACUAACAUAAAUGGUAAAAUAACUAUCCCAAACUAUUUCAUUGUUCCAUAAACCACUGAAAAAGAAUCAUUAGAUCUUCUUUUCAAAAUAAUAUAUCCUAAUUUUCACACAUCUUUUGAAGAUUUAAGUUUUCUAACAUCCUGUGUUAUCUUAACAACAAAAAAUGACUUCGUUGAUGAGUUAAAUGAUAGACUUAUAAGUCAAUCUCCUAAAGAUUCUAAGAUAUUUGUUGCAAUUGAUGAAACUAUUGAGCAAAAUGAUCAAAGUGAGUUUGAGGAUUUUAUGCAUUCAUUUAACCCUCCUGGUCUGUCUCCUUACAAAUUAACCUUAAAAGAAAAUUGUCCUAUUAUUUAAUUGAGAAAUUUAAAUCCUUGUGAAGGAUUAUACAAUAGUACACGAUUGAUAUGUUGUGAUUUUAAGAGUCACGUUAUAAGUACAAAACUUGCCAGUGGUGAUUUUAAGAAUGUACAUGUAUUUAUUUUAAGGAUACCGUUGUUAUCUUCGGAUGAUGAAAAAUUGCCUAUUCCUUUAAAAAACACAAUUUUCAGUUCGACUGUGUUUUGCUAUGACAAUUAAUAAAGCUCAAGGACAAAUAUUAGAUUAUAUUGGAAUUUAUUUACGUGAGCCUGUCUUUUCACAUGAUCAAUUAAAUGUUACUUUAUCGAGAGCGAAAAAUUCAAACUGCAUAAAAAUAUUAAUUCAACCACCUACUGCUGAUAAUGAUGAUGACCAGUCUACUUACAAUAUAGUAGUAUAUGAUGAAAUCAUUUCUAAAGCUCUUCUUUAACUUAAUAUAUAUCUACAUUCAGAUUUAAAUAAAAUUAACAAAACAUUAGAAAAUUUCUCGACCAACACGUUACAUAAUUUAUCUUGAUAUUUUUCUUGAUAUUGCUAACACUAUUUGCUCAUUAUACUAAUAAAAGACAACUCCUUUGCACCUUCAUCGCUUUUUUUUUAUAUUUAAUUUUGAAAUUACAAAAAGAUUGAAUUUUUUUGAUAAUUUUGAUUUAAUACAUUGAUCUGAGUAUUGUUUUAGAAUUCUUGUGUAUCUAAGUCUGCAAUUAGAGGAAAACAAUGAUACAGAAGUUCUAAUUAGCAGACACAGUCUUGCUUAUGACUCCUACAUAGAAUAAUAGAAGAUAUAGAGGUAAAGACAUUGUAUAUAAUUGAAUAUAGAAUAAUAGAAGAUAUAGAGGUAAAGACAUUGUAUAUAAUUGAAAAAAGUAAGUUGACAGCAAAAGUAAAAAUUCAAUCAGCUGGGUAAAGAAAAUAAAGAAGUUGAUGGAGAUGGUAUGGUUGAAAUCCUUAUAUAAGAAAUUGUUGCUGAUAUUGGAAGCAACACCAACUCAACAGCGAUGCAUGUACUGUUUGUGAGUUCUGUUUAGUGGUUGAUCUGGUUUUGUGUUUCAGAGUUUGAUUUGCUUAUGAUUCUAAGGAUAAUAGGGAUUUUUCGAUAACCACAUGGAAUGAUUAACAAUGACUUGCUAAUUUGUUUAUCUAUGCUUCAAUUAGGAUUUGGCAAAAUCGAGUUUAAAUUUGAAAGACCUUUCUUUAUUUUCAGACCAAGAACGGGUAAGAAUGAAUUCAAAAAGGAAAUCUUUCUUGAAUUGCAAUCUUUUAAAUUUUAUUAGGUACUUUUUCCGGUGUUUGUAUCAGUAAAAAUGGUAUCUUUAUUGCGGAGUUGCUCAUCUAAGAUGGGCUAAGAAUUUGGUGGAAACAUCUCAUGUGGGCAUGACGCAAGUAACAUUAUCUUUUUUCUUUUGUUCUAUUGCUUUGAUUUUUAUAGUUAGAAGUUCGUUCUGGAUUCUGCAUGAAUUUUAAAUUUAUAUUCAAGUGUACUUUAGACUGUAAAUGAUGGAGGGAAUUAUGACGUGUUAAUCAUAAAAUUAGCGAUUGAAACAAUUGGCUAUCUAGAUUUUUUCCAUGUCCACUGUCUUCUACUUUGUUUUUCUUCUUCUUCCCGUCUUAGUUUGGACUGUGUUCUUCCACUCAGUUUUUCUCAUUUUGUUUGCAAUUAUUUUGCCUAAUUUAUUUUUUUAUCUGUUCGUGGCUUUAAAAAUUGACGAUGCUAAAAACAAGGCCCUUGAAGUCGUGGGUGGUGAAAGGAUAUACUAAAUAACUGACAAGCCCAAAAGGUAAUCUUUUCUACUCUUACAAAAUAAAGAUAUGUCUUUUUACAUUGGUCGUACGCCUUCUAAGGUAAGCCUUUUUUGUGUGUGAAAUUUUUAUUUGAUUUUAUUUUUUGUACAGACCUAUUUUUGUUAAUUGUGUUGAUUGUUGUAUUUUUGUUAAUUUGAAGAGUAGUUGUAGAAGAGAUUUUGUGUGGAUGUGACAAUAGAGAAAUCUUCUUGCUGAAAAUUGAAAAUAUAUUUUUGGUGGUUUGAAUUGUCAGGUAUAUUUAUCAAUGUGUUCUUGCUUUAGAAAAUUUACUAUUUUACUUGUUUAUUUUUGUUGUAUGUCUUGAUAAAUGUUGUGUCAUAAUAUUAAAAUUCUGAUUUUGUCAAUGUGUAAACAUUAAACCAAUUUCAUCAUGUUUCUAGGUGAUAUGUGUAUGUUGUAGCACAGAAGCCAUAUGCAAGUUGCAGUUCAAUAUGGUUUUGAUGUUAUUGCAAGAUUAGGUUGUAAUUUGAUUUUACUACAACAAGGUAUUUGCUAAAACUAGAGUGUUAACGCGUGCUAGCUACUGCAACCAUAAACCCCAAGAUCAGAUUUUCAUUAAUGCAAGGCCAACUAGGUAGGUGGAACAGUAUUUUGUUUUUGUUUCCUCUUUUUCUGAGGUGAAGAUAGGAAAAAAUUAGUUGCAGGAGAAACGUUUCUACUUUUAAGUUCUCAAAAAUAAUAAAAUAAUUAUUCUGCAUGAUUAGUAAAAAAUGAAAAAAUCCAUAGAUUUUCUGUAGAAAUUUUGGGAUGUGGUUACACAGUUGGAGAACAAAAGAAAGUAAAAAUUAAUCUUCUGUGCUACUGCUGUUUAGAUGCUUCAAGAGGUUGAAGUUAGUUAAUCAUGACCAAAAGAUAUGCACAAAUUUUUAUAAAUUAUUUGUCACAAGGAGUUCAGUGCUCUUCCGUGGGUAUCACUUUCUAUUCUAGAGCCAUGUCAGAUUUAACCAAGAUAUGAUAAGAUAUUAGGAUUACAAACCAUUAGUGAAGGAUAAAAUUGUUUAUCCUGCCUUCUACAUAAAGAGUGUUGUUGUUUAUCCACUUAUUUGUGCUCUAUUUGCAUCCCGUUGUUCCUUGCAACUAUAAUGAGUCAAACACGUGGAGAAAUUAUAACUUGAACGGCACAUCAAUUUGUGCAUAUUGGUUGCGGUGCUCUCCUAGAAAUACCCUCCCAAUGCCAACAUUUUUUUGAAAAUAUUUUUGGUCCCUAAGGACAUGAUUAUAUUUUUAAUUAGCUUAUUGUGUGAAAAGCCUAGACACGAAUACAUCAUAUAAUUUUAAAGAGUGUGUUCCAUAUCUAAUACUCCCUCCAUUUCAAAAAUUAUGACAUACUUUUCUUUUUAUUUCGUUUCAAAAGAAUGACCCCUUUCCUGAAGUCUUUUUUAUUUUCUUAAACUCUGUGCAAGUGCCUGCUCGAGAUGUUCAUAAUACAUUUAGAUUAUAAUAUCCAAAAAGAAGCCACACUUCACCUUGCGCUUCGAAUUCGUGGAGGUGACCACUGAGAAUGCAGUUCUUUUAUAGCUGUUGUAAGUUGUGUUUGUUCUGAUGGCUCCAUUCUUUCAUGUAUGAAAGAUUGUGUAACAAGAUUUGUUGAUUUUGAAGUAGUCUCCUGUUGAAUGACAAAUUUUAAGCUGGUUUGAUGAUAUGAUGAUUUUUUUUGUUCCUUUUCCUAUUUUCUGCCCGAAGUUUGAGAUUUUUCUGCUUGUUGACUAAAUGUCGUGUUCUCAUCUCACUCCUGUCCCCCAAUUGGCUUUGCUUCAUAUCUCAAUUAACAUUCCACACAUUGAGCAAAGGAGCUUCGUCCACUUACAGCAGCUGCUGAAAAACUUAAUACAAUCAUGACUACAAAUUGUAAUUCAUUACUGGUUUUUGGAUAAACAUAAUAUUCCUACUGCCAGAGCCAAAUGUACCCAUUUUUUUUACAUGUUUGUCAUACUUCUGGCAAAACAACAAUCCCACCUUGUCCAAAUGAUACGAACAAAGUGACCAGUCUUUUUGCGGAGGCAGCAAAUGGAUGGUAAGGCAUUGAAAUUGAACUAGCAGAAGUUGAAAUUCGUAGCUACAACAGCAGAAGUGGAGAAAAGAAGUUUAAAUCAUGUCCUGUUCUGAAUGAAAAUGGUGUCAAUUUAAUGUUUGCACUUGGAUAUCGCUGAGUUAACAACUUCUUUGUUGUCUAGGAAAUGUUUUAUGUUUAUGCAUCGUUGUAAUAUUAUCGCCAAAUAUGUCAAAUAAUUAUCCCAGGAAGAGCUUGAUAUAGCUUUAACACAAAAGCCUCAACCAUCUAGUAAUUA